GAAAGGAAGCAUAUAUGCACACUUUUUCACCACCAUCAUCGCUCAGCAUGGAUUUCAACGAUGGAGUGGAUGCAUUGGAGGAAGAAAUUCGAAAUAUAGAUGCUGAGAUCAAGCAGCUACAGAAAUUGAAAGCUUCUCUAGUGAAAAAGAGGAAUGCUCUCCAAGUGAAUGGUAGUAGUCAAGGUCCAUUCGCAUCAACCUCAGCGGCUGUGCAAACGACGGAUUAUUUUACCGAACGUUUCGAAUGGAGUGGAGAAUUAUUGCCAAGAGCAAGAGAAGUUUGGGGUAUUCAAAACUUCCGGUCUGUUCAAGAGGCCGUUUGCAAUGCUGCUAUUGCCGGAAGAGACAUUGUAUGCGUCAUGCCUACUGGCGGUGGUAAAAGCCUGUGCUAUCAAUUACCAGCUCUGAUCAGCGUUGGAGUGACCGUUGUGGUCUCUCCAUUGAUCUCAUUGUGUAUCGAUCAGCUAUGGCAUUUACGUGAGGCAGGCGUUUCUUGUGAGAUGAUGUCGAGCACCGAAAACAAAUACGAAAUGACCGAAAUCAUAAAGCGCCUCAAGGCAGGCGCAGAUGAAAUGAAAGUCUUGUUUGUGACACCUGAGCGAGUCGCACUGUCAAAAACACUUCGAACUGCGUUACAAAAAUGUUACGAGAAAGGCAGACUUGCUCGUAUCGUGAUUGACGAAGCACAUUGUUGCAGUCAGCAGGGUCACGAUUUCCGACCGGACUACAAGAAAUUGGCAAUCCUACGCAAUAUGUACCCAGACGUUCCGAUCAUGUGUCUUUCGGCAACGUUGACAGAACGUGUUCUGAACGAUAUACGAGAAAUUCUCGGACUUCCUCCAGUGGUGGAUCCUUCGAAAGCACCCAAGAAAGGAACUCUCUACUUCACUGCACCACUAUAUCGCCCUAACCUGCAUUAUUCCGUCUUGCCUCGUCCAAGUGCAGCGGCACAGGCAAAUCAAAUGAUUGUCGACUGGAUCACCGAACGCCAUCCUGGCGAAUCGGGCAUUGUGUAUACGCUGAGCAGAUCAGAAACACAACGGAUGGCAGAUGCAUUACAAGAGUGCAGUGAGGGAAAGAUUCGAGCUUCCGUUUAUCAUUCUGAUCUUGUAGAUGCACAAAAGAAGCAAAUUCAUCAUCAAUGGCGUGAAGGUGUCAUUCAUGUCGUCGUUGCCACGACAGCAUUUGGUAUGGGUAUCGAUAAAGGCAACGUGAGAUUUGUGAUUCACGCAAAUAUGGGCAAAUCUCUCGAUUCGUACUACCAAGAAUCGGGAAGAGCAGGUCGAGAUGGGGCAGAUGCAGAUUGUGUCCUUUUCUAUCGUCCUUCCGAUGCAGCACGUCUUGCUGGCCUUGCAGCUACUGAUCAUGAUGGUGAUCUAAAGCUCAGACCGAUGCUCGAAUAUGUUCACAGCGUCGCUUGUCGAAAGAUCAUUCUUGGGAACUACUACAAAGGUCAAUAUGGCGAUGAUGCAGCUUGUGAGAAAUGUGAUAAUUGCUUGAACAAGCCAGCGGAGAAAGACGUCACGCAAGAAUCCUGGAAGCUCUUGAAAGUUCUUCAGGAUGCAUAUGAGAGCGGUGCGAGGAUUACAAUGGCAGGUCUGUGCGAUCUUGCAAGAGGUUUGGGAAAUGGAGAAUUCACUACCGCUAGCAGAGGCGGCAAACGAAAGGCUGGUGGAGUUGCAAGUUUGGACGUGAAAGGUUUAAUCGGAGAAAAGGUACUUUUAAGUAAAGAUGACGCCGAACAAGUGUGUGUUCAACUUUACUUGUCCGAUUAUAUCGCAUUCGAAUUCACUCAGAAUGCUUAUUCGAUCAAUUCGUACGUUAAACCAGGCCCGCUGAUCCGCCGAGUUACCAGACAGGCACAGAGUGAAUGCCCAACAAUCAUGGCCACCAUUCCUGCAACAGCCACCAACAAAAGACGGAAGACAAAGGCGACACCGUCGAAGCGAGCAGGACCAUCCAGUCAGGCUGGGCCAUCAAAUGGAGCAGGCUCAGCGAUUCAAGUUAAAAAACCGAAUCUUUCGAGUGAUCCUAUUGAAGUGGAAGAUAGCGAUUUAGAGAUCUAGAGUAGAGUAGUUGUGUAGAGUAAACCUAAUAUUGUACAGUAGCAUUAGCAUUUUUGUAAAUUAGCAUACGAUA